UCCAUUCAGAUAAAGUCCGCUAGUCUAACAGGGUAUUUUUGACGGAGUUGGUAUCUCGGAACUGUAGACAGAAAAUUAUAUUGCACGUUCCGUCUAUACAGAUCUUAGAUCUGUGAUGUUUUAUAUAUUAUUGAGUAUCACGGCAUAAGAGGGAGUUAUAAUUUCGUUUGGUACUGCUCUCAAAUUCUUGCAGUGUGGUGUUAUAUUUUCAUCGUUGGUUUGUGAUACUUUUCAAUAUUAUUGAACACUAUAAAGAUAUACCGAUAUUUUCUGACAGAAGAACAUCGAUAACAAGAAUUAAUCAAUCAAUAAAAUUGAUUUUAAUGUUUGAAUGCGAUCAUAAAAUAUUGAUUCGUAUAUUAAGUCAGGCAUGCAGUGUGUAAUAUAUCUUUAAUCAUUGUUAGAAAAUGUUAUGUGACGUUAGCCAUGGACAUAAAUCGAAAUGGGAAGCAUGAUCUUCCCCAAGUACAUAAUUGUGUACUCUUGUGUUAUCAGUAGUGAUGUGAAUAGAUGUUUUGUGAAUUGAACAAGACAACCUGGCAGAAGUAAGAAACGAUAAUUGUGAAGACCGAAUCGUCCCUAACCUUUUCUAGCAGAAGUACCUCUUACUGUUCAAUUCUUGGAUUUUUACAAUCUGUUCGUUAAAGAAUACAAUUUGUUGAUAACGUCUCACAUACACUUCUUAUUAAAUUUAAUAUUCACAAAAUGGAAACACCUGCAACUACGGAUUUGGAUUUUGUUUACGAUGAUGCAGAUACUCAUGCUAAUGAAAUUGCUGAGUUAUAUAGUUAUACGGAACAAUAUGAAUUACAUGUUAAUCUUACUGCUUUUGAAGAACAAAUGGAGUUUUAUAAAUUACGACCAUUAUGGCAAAACUUAACAGAAGUAGAACAAAAGUCAGUGAUCUGUAAAUUAUUGGAUCAGUUAGAGGUUUCCAACAAGCAGUUAAGAAUGCAAGCUGCAAGGUGUAUUUUAUAUUUAGCUCAAGGGUGUUGGGCUGAAGUACAGUCUGAUAAAGAGCAACAAGACAGGACUCGAACAAAUGUAAUGUUAUUAUACGAAGCUGGAGUUUUUUCAGCAUUUGUUGAACUUCUUAAUAUUGAAAUCGAAAACAGUACAACAGUUACCUCGGCAAUGAGGAAAAUAACUGUUAGUCUUGAUGACUCUAUUGAUUUAAGAGUAAUCUUAUCUGUUUUAUACAUUAUAACUGAAGUAAUGAGAGAAGAAAUGAAAAAUUUAGAUAAUAGUAUUUAUAAGGAUCAUGUUGAAGCUUUUAAAGAAGAUCUAAUAAAUCCAUAUGGCGAAGAAUUGCUUAUUGUUAAGCUUCUUGGUAUGGUGACAUGCUUUUGCAGUGGAUCUGCACCACAUUUUGCUAUGAAAAAAGUACUUCUACUUUUGUGGAAGUUAAUUUUAGUGUCUCUUGGUGGUAUUGAUACACUGAGACGACUGAAAAAACAAUAUCGUGAGGAAGCUGGACUUGAUACACAACAAGAAGAUACUAUAGAAGUUGCUAAGACAAUGAGGCCCAGCUCACCUCCAAUUAAUGCUGGAGACUUAAUUGAAACACAAAAUCAGAAGAUAAAUAGUAAAUACCGGCGACAAUGUUUAAUAAAACAAAGAUCAUUAGAUGAACCAUUAUCAGGUGUGGUAUUCGAACUUACAGAAAUGAGAAAUGCAGGUUGGAAUGAACCUUGUUACCUUGAAGACCAAAAUAAUCAACCAGAAGUAAGGCCUAGUACUCCACCGCUUACUAAGGGGAAAGGUUUACCAUGGACACCAAAAGUCAGACAACAGGACGUUGACACUUUUCUGGAAGUAUCCAGACUAAAGUUUGUUGGUUAUAAAUUACAAGGAGAUAGAGAAAGUUUGGCUGGUUUGCCACAACCAAUACAUGAAGGUGUUAAUACACUAAAACGACAUAUGUAUACGUCUUUAGCUGAACUUCAAAUACAAAAAGAAGAGGAAAUUGCCAGGAACCCAAUGAGUACACCAGAGCCUCCAAUUCGUCAAACACCAACAGAAAUAUUAUAUCAAGCUAUAUUACCAAAUCUUCCACAAUAUAUGAUCGCGUUAUUAAAAAUUUUACUCGCUGCUGCACCCAUCAGUAAAGCUAAGACAGAUAGUACAAAUAUCAUGGCCGAUGUUUUACCAGAACAAAUGCCUAUGACGGUCGUACAAUCAAUGACACUUGGUAUCGAUGUAAACAGGCAUAAGGAAAUCAUUGUUAAAGCAGUUUCUGCAAUUCUGUUACUCUUGUUAAAGCAUUUCAAACUGAGUCAUAUAUACCAGUUUGAAUUUAUGUCGCAACAUUUAGUAUUUGCUAACUGCAUACCACUCGUCUUAAAAUUUUUGAACCAGAAUAUUGUAGCUUAUAUUGAAGCUAAGAACGUUAUUCCAAUUUUGGAUUUUCCUAUGUGCGUUAUUGGUGACCAACCAGAAUUAACUAUACAAAGCCUUGAAAUUGGAGAUAGCCAAACGUAUUCUUGGCGCAAUGUUUUUUCCAGCAUUAAUUUAUUGCGUAUUCUUAACAAACUGACAAAAUGGAAGCAUAGUAGAAUUAUGAUGCUGGUCGUUUUUAAAUCCGCACCUAUAUUGAAGCGUACGUUAAAAGUUAGACAUGCAAUGAUGCAAUUAUAUGUAUUAAAAUUAUUAAAAAUGCAGACCAAAUACUUAGGACGGCAAUGGCGGAAAAACAAUAUGAAAACAAUCAGUGUAAUUUACGCAAAAGUUAGACAUCGUUUAAACGAUGAUUGGGCUUACGGCAAUGAUUUAGAAGCACGACCAUGGGAUUUUCAAGGAGAAGAAUGCGAGUUACGCAGAUGCGUCGAUCAAUUUAACAAUCGACGAUACUCUAAUGCUCCUAAAAACAAAGACAUGGAACCUGUUGACACAUCUGUUAUAUCAGUGCUUGGAGCAAACGUUGAAUUGAGCGAAGAGUUUAAGCAACAUUAUGAAUUAUGGUUACAGAAAGAAGUAUUUGAGAAAAGUAUUAACUGGGACCAGUUAUUGGAUCCUGAAUCAUGUGAACUUUAAAUUUUUAAUGAGUGUAAUAUAUUGAAAUGAUAUUUUCACUGACAAACAGACCUGCAUCAAAUUUUGACGUUUUUAUAAAUUAUGCACUAUUGUGAAGUGUUUAAAAAAAUGAAGCGAAAAAAAGAACGUUGCUAAAUCGAUACUUCGAAAACUGAAUUUGUAUUUGGUUUGUAUAUAUUUGAACUGUGAAUGGUACUAAUCAAGCAGACGUUCAAUGAAAAUACUAGUGAAUAUGAAAAUGAAACGACUGUUUAGAAAAUAAUCUGUAUUCAUUGUUUUUUUACAGUUUUUGUGUGUAUUUAAUUUGUGCAAUGGUUAUUGCUGAUAGCAAUAUUUUACGAUUACAUACUUAUAAAUAAAUAUAUAAUCGUCUCUUACGUAUUUACGAUAUACUAGGAUAAAUUUAUUCGAAAAUAUAUAUGUAUAUCAUUCAUAUUAUUCACGUUUUAUGAUUUAAGUUUCUGUAAAUUAAUUUUUAAUGAUGUAACAGGUAUUCCGUAAUUUGCAUACCAACUCAACUUUCUUGUAUUUUGUAUAAUUUUUAUAUGUACUCAAUUUUUCCAUUGUUAUAAGGAUAAUAUAUAUGAUUAUAACCUUUACAAUAUUUACAAAAAAAUACAAAAAGAAAUUUUAACAUAUAUUUUAAUUCAAUUGGAAUCAUAUUUAAAAGAAAUAUUUGCUAACUUCGUACUUUAAACAUUUUCUUGGUUCAUUAUUAAAUGUGGCAAUUAUAUGUGUCUGACCUGUGUCUUUGUAUUUAGCUAGUCUCUUAGUAUGCAAGGAAGAAAGAGAUUGAGGGAGAGAGCUGAAUAAUAGAAACAGUCUUAUAGAAAUUUAUAAAAUUUCAAACGUGCAGAAAGCAGGAAUGGCUUAUGCAUUUUUGUUAUCAUUUUUUACUUUAUUUGAUAAUGAAUCGUGUAAAAUAUAAAAUAUGAAACUAAUAGACUGAAUAAUUCAACUUUCUCUUACUUAUUUAUUAUAAUGUAUAAUUAAACUGUUUCAACGCGAUGUAUUAAUUACGUAUAAUUUAUGAUACUUCGGCUACUGUACAUAAUAUUUCAUGUGAUUGGCGUUAUAUUUAAAUGGUCAAAAUUAAAUAAAAUUAUGAUCUACACACAGUUGUAAUUUUUAAAUGGUUCAUUAAGCUGUCAUAUCAUAAAUUACAUUUGUCGUAUAAAAGUGUAUAAAACAUUUUAUAACAAUAUAAAUUACUUGAGAUUGUAUAAAGUUAUAAAUCAAAUGAUCACGUUUUAUUUAUAGGCAUUUACAUAUCUCAUUUGUCAUCUAAAAUGUACACUUUCCCCAUUGUAUGCUUAAAAACUGCUUUAAUAGGCCAUAUAAUUCGAUAUAUUAAUAAAUUAGUUGUAUAAAUUGAUUAUAUAUGUAUAUAAAAUUUUGGAUAAGUAUCGUAUAACUAUUGAUAUAAAAAAUAUGGGAUGCUAUGAUCACAGAUAAUGAAUUGAAGUACAGAUUUCUGUGGCUUAUGAUAUUGACAAUAUUGAAUAUAGUGAAGAUAUCUGAAGCAUUAUGGCUUUACCCAUUUAUAGGAGCCAUAAUAAGCAAAGUUGUUUUGUUUCGCUACUUCAUCAGCUUCUUUAGGUCCACGAGAACCGUACCUGAAAUUAAA